CUGAUUAUUUGUGAAAAGUGAACUUGUAAAAACGUCAAAAAUAUAAAUAAUUGUCACAACAUCGAUCGACACGUGAAGAUAGUGGUUUUAGUUUUUUUGAUAAUUCCACAUGUGUACGUAAUAAAAUCUAUUACAAUGCCGAAAAACAUCAAACAUUUGGUAGUUGACACCUCAGCUUUUAUCAAAGCUGCUAACUUGAGUGAUAUCGCCGAAGACAUAUACACUGUACAGGAGGUUAUCGACGAAAUCACAAGCGACAGACAGCGAAGAAAACUGGUCGUACUGCCUUACGACAUAAAAGUGAAAGAUGUGUUUUCUGAGAGCAUUAAAUUCAUUACAGAUUUUGCGAAGAAGACAGGUGACUACACAAGUCUAUCAGCCACAGAUAUUAAGGUUAUGGCUCUAACUUACCAACUAGAAAAAGAGAAAGUUGGCACUGAACACCUGAAAACCGAACCCACAACGCAAAAAAUAGUUAAAGUCACUGGUUUGUCUAACUUUGAUUUGCAUCCAGAAAACGCUAAUAAAUCAGAACAAAAAGAUCGUAGCAAUGAAGAUAUAAAAACUGAAGAUUCAAAUACAAUAGCAGAGUCAUCAAGCCAAACAGAACUUGCUUAUGUUGAGAGUAAAAACAAAGUUGCAGAUGUAGAUAAUUCAAACAAUAAGUUGUCCUCUGAAGAAAGUGUUGACAAUGAGGAAACAGAUGAUGACAAGUUAGCGGAACAAAUUGCAGAACAAAUAAAGAACAUGGAUCUGAAAGAUGAUAAAGUUGAUGAACUGAUGGUGAAAGUAUCUGAUCAAGAAGAUGAGGAUACAGAGAGUGAAGAGGAUUCUGACAGUGAUGGUGGAGAAUGGAUUACACCUCGAAACCUAUCAGAGAAGAAAAAGGAACUAGAAGAAGGGGAAUUUGAGGAUAAAUCUGUAGAAGUUGCUUGCAUCACUUCAGAUUUUGCCAUGCAGAAUGUUCUGAAACAAAUUGGUUUGAAUGUAACUGCUAUAGAUGGCAGGAUCAUAAGGCAGCUACGCACAUUUAUUUUUCGUUGCACAACAUGCUUCAAAACCACCAGUGUGAUGACCAAACUGUUCUGUCCUAAAUGUGGUCAUGCAACUUUAAGGAAAGUUGGUGUAAGUAUUGACGAAGAAGGUAAUCAACAUAUACAUAUAAAUGGACGUAAACCAUUAACGGCAAGGGGGAAACGUUUCAGUUUGCCAACUCCUAAAGGUGGUCAACAUUUCCAAUACCCAAUAUUGACAGAAGACCAACAUAUUCACAAAAGAUUUGUUACAAAACUGGCUCGGAAUAAGACUAAUGCAUUGGACACUGAUUACAUUGCUGGAUACUCACCAUUUGCAAUGAAAGAUGUCAAUUCAAAGUCUGCGGUGCUAGGUGUACGAGCAAACAAACAAGAUGUGAAGUACUGGAUGAAAAAUUACUCUAAGGGGAAGAAGUAAAAAUGUUUUUGUCAACAUACAUUUAUAAUUAAAGUUAACUUAUAAAUAUAAUAAUGCUAUUUAAAUGCUC